CGCAGUCCGUGGGCCCGGCCUGCGCGCACGCGCCCUUCAGCCGGCCGCCAUCCUGCCUCUUGGGCUAGGGGUCGCCGGAACCCGCCUGGGGCCGCUGCGCAGCAGCUGCCAGCAGCACAGAUCCCUUUCUUCUCUGGAUUUGCCUGUCCUGGACAUCUCAUCUCACCUCCCCAGCCCUGAGGUCCUGGCACCCCGGAUACUGGUGGAGAAAUGUCAGCACAGACCCCAGCUGCACUCGGAAAUGGUCCUGGGUCCUGGCAUUGGCCGACUGCCCCUGGGCACCUGUCAUCCUGGGCAUCUCUGCUCUGCCCUUGGCUAGACACGGCCACGUUUCCAGUGCAGGCCUGGCAAGAUGCUGCCUCUCGAGAAGGCCAUGGCCUCUCCCAGGAGCUCCCCAGCACCUCCCGAACCACCCAUGCUGGGCUCAGAUGAUGCAGCCCAGCAGGGGGAGCCUGAGGCUGAGGCUGAGGCCAGCGCUGAAGCCGAUGCUGGGCUGGAGGCCAAGGCCUCUGCUGAGACCAGGGGUGAGGCCGAGGGCCGUGCCAAGACCAUUCCUGAGGGUCGUGAGGGUGUGGCCGAGGGCCGUGCCGAUGCCGCCAAGGUGGAGGCUGAUGCUGAAGCCAAUACCAGUGUGGGUGAGGUCGGUGCUGAUAUGGCUGAGGUCAGUGCCAACGCUGCCAAGGUUGAAAUCGAUGCUGAGGUGAAGGCCGACGACGUCGAUGCCGAUGUGGCUGAGGUCCAUGGCAGUGCGGCUGAGGCUGAUGAUGCUGCUGAGGUUGACGCUGAGGUCGAUCCUGACGCAGCUGAAGUUGAGGCUGAGGCUGAGGCUGAGACUGGCUGUGAGAGGACCCCUGUGGACCUUGAGUUCUCCCGCCUGCGCUUCCGGGAAUUUGCCUACCAGGAAGCAGCAGGGCCGCACCAGACCCUGGCCCGGCUCCAUGAGCUGUGCCGACAGUGGCUGCGGCCUGAGUCCUGCUCCAAGGAGGAGAUCCUAGAAAUGCUGGUGCUGGAGCAGUUCCUGGGCAUCCUACCUGACAGGGUCCGCCCCUGGGUGGUGGCCCAGUAUCCUGAGAACUGCAAGAAGGCAGCUUCCCUGGUGGAGGGCCUCUCCGAUGUCCUGGAUGAGCCAGGGAUGCUGCUGUGUUCCCCUGGGGGCUCAUCAUCUGAGUUCAGCGAGGGAGUGUAUGAGCAGCACUCAGACCCACUGCUAUUGCCAGAGUUGCCUUCCCUCCUUCCAGCCUGGCCUGCCCUGGAGUCCAUGCUUCUGGAGCAGAGGAGUGUGGGGGGAGAAAAGUCCGGGGAGGCUGGUCCUGCCAGAGCUGAGCCGGAGAAGCCACAGUCAUUCUCAGAGGAGCCCCUGGCCUUGGUGGAGUGGGAUCACCUGAAUCCCGCAGAGGAGAACCUGCAGAGCUACAGGAAGCUGCUCCUCUGGGGAUAUCAGCUUUCUCAGCCUGAUGCUGUCCCCAGGCUGGAGACUGAGGAGGCUGGAUUGGAGGACCUGGACCUGCCAGAAGACAGUGGCCCAGGUGACGGGGGGCAUCACGAAAGCGAAGGGGAUAUGUGUGAGGACAUCUCUGGGCAUAAGGUGCUGGCAGACAGGCUUGCUGAGGAUGCUCCCGUGAGCCCUUCAGGGGACGUGGCCCAGGAGGAGGAAGGGCAGCCUGAGAAGGUUCCAGAUGAUCAGGGAGAGGAAUCCAAGCUGGGCGCCAUGCCACCACUGGAAGAGCAGGACAAGGAUGCAGUGGGGCUGGCCAGCCUGCAGCCAGGUGCUGGAACAAAGAGGCCCCAUCCGGAGGACGAGGAUGAGGAUGAGGGUGAAGGGCUGGAGGGACCGGAGAGUGCCUCCAGCGAUGCGGGGAAGGAGCUGGCCCCACAAGGCAUAGGGUCGCCAGUGGAGCAGGCCCCGGGCCCCUCCUCAGCAUCCAGCCCUGCAGUGGUUGAGGCUGGAGCCAGCGGUGGGCAGCCGUACCCCUGCAGUGAGUGUGGGGAAGUCUUUGCAUGGAUUGCCCACCUUGCUGAACACCAUAGCAGUCACAGCAGCAAGAAGCACCGUGCCUGCCCUGACUGCUAGGAACACUUCGGCCUGGCUGCAGAGCAUUGGGCCCUCAAGGAGGAGGGAGAGGCCUGGAGCCCACGUGGGGAAGGUGCUGUGAGAGUCCCAUGAGAUGAGUUUGGCCUGGCUGUGAAUCCAGAAGUGUGUCCUUUGGUGGUGGCUUCCUGUGAUGUCUUUUGACAUCACUCUCCUAGGGUUGACUAAAGUGCUUAGAAGUGGGAAGAGUCCUGGGGGAACCUCCCUCCCCUCCAGAACCCCCCUGGGCAGAUGCUCACAGUGUAAGCUGCUUUCUUCCAGUCACUUCAGCACCAUCCCACACGCAGGCUCAUUUGACGUUGUGCAGAGUGUAGAGUUGCCUUACCGUGUGUGAUUGUUGGCGCCUUCCUAGUCAUCUUUGCCUUGACUGCUCCUUUUCUUUGAGCUCUCCAAGUUUGUUCAAACAGAAUUCUUGACAGAUGUUUUGUCAUUUUUAUACAUACAUGAUGUCAAGUUCAUCUCUGAAUCCUCAAAACUGGAAACUUUCCUAGUUUAAUUCAUGUGUCUUUACUUGUAUAGAGUGGCUGGCAAAGAUCCCCAAAAUGCUUGGAGCCUGUUUUCAAACUGUAGGCUCCAGCUUAUUAGUGAAUUGUGAAAUCAAAUUAGUGGAUGGCCACUGGCUUUACAAAGCCACAAAGUAGAGUAGAAUAGGUCAGAAUGCAUUGUGUAGUGAAGGCAAAUAUUGUUUUGUGAAACUUCAGCUAUGUAUCUAAAUAUGAAAACCGGCUGCCAUGUAAAGUGUAUUUCUUAUUAGGGGGCUGAGAUCAAAAUGGGUUGAAAAUACUAAUAAAGGUUGGUGAAGCCAUCUGUCUGCCUGAGCAAAUGAAUGAGAACUAAACUCCUUGGGCUCUAUAAAGUGAUCUUUUGAUUUUACAUUGAAUCUGAUUACAGCAUUGUUUCUGUUGCCUGAGCAUUAAUUCAGUUGCUCCCUGUAGAUACAGAAGUCACUGCCUCUUUUUGUCACUGUGUCUGAGCAGGCGUUCUGUGUAACAACCCACAAAUCACAGAGGCUCACCGUAAUAAAGUAUUUAUUUCUUCACUCACA